CGAGUCGGGCCGCCUCGCUCGUGGAGCGGUGGGCGGGCAGAGGCGGCGGCGCCGCUGGGACCGAUGGCGGCGGCGACGGAGCGGACGGACGAGCUGGUGCGCGAGUAUCUGCUGUUCCGCGGCUUCACCGCCGCCCUGAAGCAGCUGGACGCCGAGAUCAAGGCGGACCGGGAGAAGGGCUUCCGGGUGGAUAAGAUCGUGGAGCAGCUGCAGCAGUUCGUGCAGAGCUAUGACCUGGCCGCGCUGCGGGACUACUGGGGUUAUCUGGACCGCCGCCUCUUCAGCCGGCUGGAAGACAUGUACCGACCGACGGUGAACAAGCUGAAAACCAGCCUGUAUCGAUACUACCUCGUCCAUACUGUGCAGACCGGCCGCAAUGACAAGGCGCAGGAGUUCUUCCUCAAGCAGGCCUCUGAGCUGCAGAACCAGGCAGAGUGGAAGGAUUGGUUUGUCCUGCCUUUCCUCCCUACCCCGGACUCCAACCCCACCUUUGCCACCUAUUUUUCACGCCAGUGGGCAGAUACGUUUAUUGUGUCUCUGCACAACUUUCUGAGUGUCUUAUUUCAGUGCAUGCCAGUGCCAGUCAUUCUGAACUUUGAAGCUGAAUGUCACAGGAGCAGUCUCAUACAAGAAGAAAACGAAUCCCUGCGGCAUAAGCUAUUUGCUUUGCAGGCUGAAUCCUCCCGCAUGAAGAAAGAGGAACUGGAAGUGGAGGAAGCAGUUAUACAUCACAAGCUGCCUGCAUAUGUGGCCAACAUGGAUCGGCUCGGAGACUCUGAGCUUGAUAUGACCUGCAGCCAGAGAAGUACUGCACAUUCUCUUCAGUCUCGAGGAGGCUUUCUCUCCUCUCUUCUCUCCCAGAGUAAAAAGGGUCCUGUCAGACCAGCUCAGCCAAGUGGGGCUUCUCCAACACAGACUGGCAGCGUGCUGCUAGGGAAGAAGGAACCAGCAAAUCACCAGCCCUGUGCAAGUAAAACUUUGCCAAUUCAUUCCUCUGCCUUCCAGAGUGCCAAAGGAAAAGAGGGAUCAGCAAGCAGUAAGGAUGGGAAGAGCCACUUUAGUGGGUUAGUAGCAGGCGAGUCGAGCUCCCUGCAGCAGCGUCAGAAGCGCUUGCAAGAGCAUGGGAAAGAAAGGAGAGAGCUGCUAUCAAAAGGGACCUCUCAGGUUCAGAGUGCUGAGAAGAAAACAGAUCUUAGUGCAUCUGAGCCAGAGCCGUGCUCAGAGCCACAAGCUGACCAAGCAGAGACUUCAACCAAGAUACCUGUCAGCAGUACGGAGUCUGUUGGGGUCCGGCAAGAGCAGCCUUUCAUUGUCCUGAGCCAGGAGGAGUAUGGGGAGCACCACUCAUCUAUUAUGUACUGCAGGGUUGAUUGUUCAGGACGGAGGGUGGCCAGCUUGGAUGUGGAUGGUGUCAUCAAAGUGUGGUCUUUUAACCCCAUAAUGCAAACUAAAGCUUCAUCUAUUUCCAAGUCUCCACUGCUGUCUCUAGAAUGGGCGACCAAGCGUGAUCGGCUGCUACUGCUGGGCAGUGGAGUUGGGACAGUUCGUCUUUAUGACACAGAAGCAAAGAAGAAUCUCUGUGAAAUCAGCAUUGAUGAAGACAUGCCCAGAAUCCUGUCGCUUGCCUGCAGUCCAAGUGGUGCUUCCUUUGUCUGUUCUGCAGCAGCUCAAAGCCCCAUCUCCCACAUGGACUUCUCAGUGGUCACCUCUGGAGGCAAAAGCAUGAACCAGGUUCCUGGGAAGCUGUUGCUGUGGGACACUAAAACAAUGAAGCAGCAGCUGCAGUUCUCCCUGGAGCCUGAGCCUAUUGCUAUUAACUGCACAGCCUUCAACCACAACGGCAACCUGCUGGUCACGGGGGCUGCAGAUGGGAUUGUUCGUCUCUUCGAUAUGCAGCAGCAUGAAUGUGCCAUGAGCUGGAAGGCACAUGAUGGGGAGGUCUACUCCGUUGAGUUCAGCUAUGACGAGAACACAGUCUACAGCAUAGGUGAGGAUGGCAAGUUUAUUCAGUGGAACAUCCACAAAAGUGGCUUGAAGAUCUCAGAGUAUGCUCUUCCCAGUGAAGCUACAGGUCCCUUUGUGCUGUCUGGAUACAGUGGAUACAAACAAGUCCAGUUCCCACGAGGAAGACUUUUUGCCUUUGACUCUGAGGGGAACUAUAUGCUGACGUGUUCUUCUACUGGGGGAGUCAUUUUUAAGUUGAAUGGUGAGGACAAGGUCCUGGAAAGCUGCCUUUCCCUGGGAGGACACCGAGCUCCUGUUGUCACAGUAGACUGGAGCACAGCCAUGGACUGUGGGACCUGCCUCACUGCCUCUAUGGAUGGGAAGAUUAAGUUAACAACCUUACUAGCUCAAAAAUCUUAAUUGGAGCUGUGUUGAAGGAAGAGAGCAGCAGAACUGGGGGGAAAAAAAAACGAACAAACAAGUGUUAACUCCACAGGAACAAACUGCAUGGGAAAGAAGGCAUACCACAAUCACUCUUUUCAUUUUAGCUUUUGCCUCUUGGCAGAUGUUAAAUACACAUGCCAAACCACUGCAAGAGAAUGCCGAUCUGGGACUGCUUCAGUGGCAGCAGUGAAAAACAGAGCUUCACUGAUGACCCCUUAAGGCAGCUGGGCUCUUUCUUUUAGAGGGGUCUCAAACUAGCAUGUGGUUAGGAAGCUGCUGGAAUUGUGGCAGGGGCUAUGCAGAAGGUGAAGCUAGAGAAGGCAUACAUGAGGCAGCACUUUGUGUGGUGAUGUGGAUGGCUCAAACUGGAAAAGCCACUGCAGAACUAGAGUAUUAUUUGGGUUUAAUAUUUUUUUUGUGUGUGUUUUGUGUUGUUGUUGUUUUUCAUAAAAAGAAAAUACUCCCUUG